CUAACAUGACGUCACGUCCCUCAUCAUCCCGAUCUACAACAACUAAUUAGAUGGGAGUAUAGUCUCUGCAUAUCUCAUUGUUUCAAAGGGAAACAUGGGUCAAGGGGUGCUACGUUGAGUUCCUCUUAAACAAAAUGUCCGAUUGAAUCGAUCCAACUCAAGUCAACUUCGAGUCACCUCGCCUCAUCUUGACUACCUACUUAUACUAUAUGACCCUUACUACUUAGCCAGCACAUGCCAGUCUUAUAUACAGUUAACAAUGGCAUCAACUCGUUCCUCCACCGGGCAUUCUAAGCCCCGCGUUCACCUAAACAUUUCAACGGAGCCAGAGCGCAAAAGGGCUGGCACCAGUAAACGCACUGGCACGCACCAACGCGGCAGUGUUGGCAAGCGGACUGGCGGAACAACAACAACUACUACUACCACAACCACGACGAGAGGUGCACCUGUCACCCACCACAAGCGGAAGCCGCAUUUGAGCGACAAGGUCGAGGGUGCCGCCGAAAAACUCGUCGGCAAGGUGACCCGAAGACCUGGAAAGAAGGCUGCUGGCACGCGUAAGAUGCGCGGAACAGACGGGAAGGGAAGUCACAGAAGGGUUUAAAGAAACAAAAAAACAAAACCGUUUGAAUGUGGCGGGCUAUAUGAAAUGGGGACAUGUGGAGUUCGGAAUUAUUAGCGAUUGGAAAUGCGUUCACUUGAUCGCUGAAUUGGCGGGGGUGGCGUAGAACUUGGGUUGUACGAUAUGAGGCAUAAAUAAGCCUUGCACUUGGGAAGAUUAGAUAUGGUUCACUCAUAAGGAUUUUGAGAGGGCAUCAUGUUCUUGUCGGCAAUAUCGGAUAUGAAGCACGAUAAAAUGGCGAAUUUCUUGGAUCAGUUUGAUGCUUUGACCACAUUGCUUUUGCUGUUCCAACCUUGGAAUGUAUCGCACCAGUGGUUCUGGGUUGGAUAGAUCUCGAUAACUUUCGCUGUACAAUAAAAUCGUAUUCAUAAAAACAUGUUUUUAUUUUUCUCGGGGGUAACUUGUCACCACGGUAUCUCAUUGCCAUCUAUUGCACCUAGAAAUCUGCCCGAGGUGUCUUCACGAUUUGCUCUAUCGAUCUACUUAGGUUAGCUAUCACUAUAAGGAACAGGUUAUGCACGGGCAUACUAUGCUUAUGAUCUUCUCGGCGCUAUACUCCUUCGUGUGUGGUGCCUUCUCGAGCCC